CUGCUAACCCACAGCAGGCACAAGAGUCUGUUAGAAGCUGUCUGAGGAGAAGGACUCCUACAUUCUGGUUUUAUCUCUGACGUCGUCAUCAUGAGAUUGUCUCCAGUAUCACAACAUCUGCUGGUGUUCAUAUCAGUCCUGUCACUCAGCAUUACAACAGCAACGGCAUGGACAGCACCGGUGAUAUUCUACCCAUUCGGCUCAGCAGCAGGAGACACACAAGUUCUUGAAACUGGGUCUGAAACCUCUGCAUAUGUUGCCUUCUCCACUCCAUUUAAGUUCUUUGGCCGCACAUACAGCCACACAUAUGUUAAUAAUAACGGACUCCUUACAUUCAACCAAGCUUUACCAGAAGCUCAACCUAACAUCUUUCCCAUGUUUGGAAGUAGAGACUUCAUUGCCCCGCUCUGGGCUGACCUUGAUGACAUUAGUAUAGGCCUUUACUCCUAUCAGGAGUACACAAAUGGAAGUGUUCUCACUCGUGCCACUCAGGAUAUAAACCAGUAUUACCCUCAGAUGAACUUCAAUGCUUCUUGGGUCUUUGUUGCAACGUGGGACUUUGUUUUAACGUCAAAUAUAACUGUUUUAAAUCUUCACUUAGCACCGGCUAUCACUUUUCAAGUCAUUUUGAUUUCAGGUGGUGGUUAUUACUUCAUUUUGAUGAAUUAUGGUGACUGUGUUGCGAUAUCCAUAUCAGUGGAGGCAGGAUAUGACACCAUCGACUCCACUGACUACUAUCGGAUUCAUUAUUCAUCGAAUGGCAACUACCUCCCAAACCUCAAGAACACAACUAACGUAAAUGUUCCAGGUCGCUGGGCCUUCCCUGUGAACGACAGACCAGCUCCAGAAAUAUUCUACCCAUUCGGCUCAGCAGCUGGAGACACAAACAAUACUGCUGCUGAUGAUGGAAGCUCCUCUGUUAUUCAACUGUUGAGUCCAUUUCCAUUCUUUGGCCGCACAUACCAGCAGAUUUAUGUUAAUAAUAAUGGACACCUCACAUUCAACCAACCUUCAUCACAAUUUGUUCCCUACUCAUUCCCUGCUAGAGGAAGCCAGGAUGUAAUUGCUGGUCUUUGGACAAACCUUGACAACAGUGCGAGAGGUGUAGUUUCUUAUCAUCAGUACACCAGUGGAAAUGUUCUCACACGUGCCACUCAGGAUAUAAACACACAGUUCCCAAAUCUGAACUUCACUGCUUCUUGGGUCUUAGUUGCAACGUGGAAUAAAGUUGCUUACUUCAACUUAAUCAACACAGAAACAUCGUUUCAAGUGGUUUUAAUUUCAGGUGGUAAUUUUUCAUUUAUUCUGAUGAAUUAUGGUGACAUUGCUGUAACAGCACAUCCAGUGCAGGCUGGUUAUGACACGAUAAACUCCACACACUACUUUGUGAUUCCUGGAUCAAUCAAUGGCAGCUUCAUCUCAAACCUCAGGAACUCCAGUAAUGUUAAAGUUCCCGGUCGAUGGGUCUUCAGGGUGGACGGUGGACCAGGAAACAGCAAAACCCUGCCCUAUGAUCCCUGCUAUAACUACACUGUGCUGGAUGAUUUACGGAGAGCCACCGACAAUCAAUUACAAUCAUCAUAUUACGCUCAAUAUACCUCUAAAUUACUGUGUGACACUGAUGUCAACUGGGUUGGCUGGUACCGUCUCUUCAUUCGGGGUCAGAGUGUUCAGAUGCCUGACACAUGUGUCGAUCAGUUAAGCUGUGGAACUCAUGCCCCGCUGUGGUUGAACGGUCAACACCCAAAAAUUGAGGAUGGGGUGGUGACCCGAAGUGUCUGCGGUCACUGGUUGAAUAACUGCUGUUAUUUCCAGUCGAAUCCUAUUAAAGUGAAAGCCUGUCCAGGAGGGUAUUAUGUCUAUGAGUUUGUGAGACCAGUAGGCUGCUAUUUGGCAUACUGUGCAGCACCAGCAAUAUUUUAUCCAUUCGGCACAGCAGCAGGAGACACAAACAAUGCUGCUGUUGAUGAUGGAAACUCUUCAGUUAUUCAGAUGUUGAGUCCAUUUCUGUUCUUUGGCCGCACAUACCAGCAGAUUUAUGUGAAUAAUAAUGGAUACCUCACAUUUAACCAAGCUUCAAAUGAAUAUGUUCCCUACUCAUUCCCCGCUAGCAGAAGUCAAGAUGUAAUUGCUGGUCUCUGGACUGAUCUUGACAACCGUCAGAGAGGUGUAGUUUCUUAUCGUCAGUACACCAGUGGAAAUGUCCUCACACGUGCCACUCAGGAUAUAAACUCACAGUUCCCAAAUCUGUACUUCACUGCCUCUUGGGUGUUUGUUGCAACGUGGAAUAAAGUCGCUUACUAUGCUUUGACCAGUACAGAAACAUCGUUUCAAGUGGUUUUAAUUUCAGGCCGUAAUGUUUCAUUUAUUCUGAUGAAUUAUGGUGACAUUGCUGUAACGGGACAUCCAGUGCAGGCUGGUUAUGACACGAUAAGCUCCACACAAUAUUUUGUGAUUCCUGGAUCAAUCAAUGGCAGCUUCAUCUCAAACCUCAGGAACUCCAGUAAUGUUGAUGUUCCCGGUCGAUGGAUCUUCAGGGUGGACGGUGGAUCAAAGUCAAACAAUGAGUACAUCACUGGACUUCAAGUAAAACUUUCCUCAUUUUCUGACCUAUCAGAUACUGGAAACAUUGAGAUCGUUUUACAGCAAAUAAAACAGGAGCUGGUCAAGUACGGUCUGCCAAACAGCAUCGAGCUGAAGUUAAGAAAAGUGCAAAAGAUAAAGCCAUAAUUUCAUUCUACUUCUGGAAAAGAAAUAAAGCCGUUCAAUUCACUUAGCACCUGACAGCAAAUAUCUAACUGAUCAUGUGAAGACUGAGAUUAAUGUGGUUUUGAAGAACCCAUGAAAACAACCCAAACAAAAUGAUACUUUAGUACAAAAAAACUGCUAAACUUUGACAAAGUCAUUUUUUAUUAUUACAAUAAUGAUAUCAUAAUCUCUAUACAUAAAUCUAAAUAAAAAAAAUAAAAAAACUUUUGAAAAGAUCUAUACUUAUGUUGACCUGACAAAUAAGUCAUUAAGUAAUUAUCUACUGUAGCUGAAAUUUCAUAUUUUUCUAAUUUUAUAAGUGUUUGAUUUCAAUUACAUGGAAACUAUUUCCCAUUAUGUUAUGGUACACUUGGUCAUGUUAUCCCCAUUAAUUAAAAUUAGAAAUGUGGGUCUUUCAUAAAAUGUUUUUUUAUUUAUUUAUAUAAAUGUAAACAAAAUACAAUAAAUCCUCCCAAAACUGCACAAAUGUAGAGUAAAAUCAUUAAUAAACUGAUUAAAAAUACAUUUGUUUUUUAAAAAGCUUUAUCGUCACAUUUUGUUUUCUGGCCCGAAAAGCAACAAACAGCACAAAAGAGUUAAAGUGGUUUUAUAUUAGGUACAGUAUAGUGGUUAAGAUUAAUAAUACUGUAUACUGACAUCCAGUCCAGGUUACUUACAAUUAUAAGCCUUCACAUUUAUCUGACAAUAUCCAUUUAGAAAAGUAUAUGUUUUAAUUCAAAUAUUUUCAAUGAAUUAGUUGAUAUCAGAUGCUAUAACAAACCUAAUCUGACAGAUUUUAACACAAAUGGACUGUUGGCUGCAGUGACCUGUUUCAUAACCAACAACAACCAAUGCAUGUAUUCCUAAUUUCUCUGGACUCUGGUUUUAGGUGAACUAUUUGUUCUGCAUCUACUGUCAGGUUAAGAACUGCAUUUAAUGUUGUAUAAUGUAUAUCUGUUUCUUGGAAACCAGUGUGUUCUGAAGAUGGAAAUGUCACUCAACAGGAAAAAGCAGUCUUUAUGUAUAAAUCCAGCAAUCAUAUAGUCUUCAGCAAUUAUCUUUGAUCCUCCUCUUCUCUUUCUCUCAUUCUUCUUUGUGUUAUCACUUGUUAUCUAACCAUUCUUUUGUUUUCAAAGCAAAAGCAAAAGUAUGUAAUGGUAUGGGUUUUUUUUUUCUUAUUGGUCUCAGCCAUGAGAACAUUCAGAAGUAGAUUACAAUACAGAAUGUAAAAUGUUUAAACAUCUUUGUAAAUAUAUUUUAAAAAAUAGACAUGAAGCUUAACAAGAAAUAACCUAAUCAUCACUCAAUAUCAUAAACCUCAUUCUGAAAGGUUUAAAAGCAUCUUAAUACUGUAUAUGGGCUAAUAAGUGGAAGGUUACAUUAUAGAUAUUAACAUAAAUACAUGAGGAAACUACCUAUUCUGAUAUGCCAAUCUUAGUAUGCAUUUACUUUUUUUUUUGGUAUCGAUGGUUACCAUUUUAAUGUCAAUAAAAUUCCAAUAAUCAACUUU